GUCGGUGCAGGAAGAGGGAGCACAGCAGACAUGGCCGUGGACUCGUAUGACUUGGUGUCGGAGAAGUACGAUAUCGCUCUGUUUAUAGAAGAACACAGCGGUGCGCCGUUGUAUCAGAAGUUAAAGGGUCUGCAGGGUCGCUAUUGCGCUGUUCGGAGGUCAUGCGCUGACGGCAGCUGUUUUUAUAGGGGUCUGGGCUUUGGCUUCCUGGAGUCUUUGGUUGGUAAACCUCAGGAGCUGCUCCGGUUUAGAGACCGUGUGACGCAGAGCAGACACCAGCUCCUCGCUGCAGGAGUCCCCGAACACGUAUUUAGCCGUCCCUACGACACAUUUCUCAGUCUUGUAGAUGAUGCAGCAGAGAGCGACGUGUCCGAGUGUAACCUCCUGAGAGCGUUCAAUCAUCCGGAAGUCUCUGACCGCGCCGUCCAGUAUCUGAGACUCGUCACUUCUGCCUUCCUCCGGAGCAGGGGCGAUUUCUACCAGCCGUUCGUAGAGGAGGAAAAAGGCAUUGAGGAAUACUGUGCUCAGAAUGUGGAACCCAUGUCAGCGGUGUGCGACCACAUCCAGAUCACCGCCGUGACCCAGGAGCUGGAUAUACCGCUACUGGUUGAAUAUGUGGACUCUAUGGACAGCGCCGUAAACCAGCACAUCUUCCCGGAGGGAUCCAGCCCACGUGUCUACAUGCUGUACAAACAGAACCAUUAUACCCUGUUAUACAAGUAGGACCAUAUGUGACCCCCAACAUACAGGCGCUGGCCCGCUAU